AGCUGACCCCUCCCUCGCGUCAGUGUGGGUACCUGCGCGUGCGGAGCGGGAUCAUGGCGGGACGUCUUCUUCACCGGGCCUGGACAACAACCCUGCGGAUCAGGAGCAACGUGGCGGUCAGGCCGAUCCACCGAGCCGCUGCCCUGGCCUCAGAGAGAGGAAUACCAACAGAUGAGGAGCAGGCCACUGGACUGGAGCGACGCAUCCUGAUGGCCUUUAAAGAGGGAAAGGAUCCCUACAGUAUACUGAAUCACACAUACUACCCAGGCACCAAGGAAGACCCUCAGAUCGUGCCAUGCACUGGAACCAAGAGGCUGGUGGGCUGUAUUUGUGAGGAAGACAACACUGCGAUUGUGUGGUUCUGGGUUCAUGAGGGAACUCCCCAGCGCUGUCCUUCCUGUGGCACCCACUAUAGGCUGAUGCAGCAGGACUUGCCUCUUUGAAACUUAAAAUGCAGAAAUGGGACAACACAGAGCUGUCCAUGUUUGCCUUCUUCAUGUGCAUAUAAUUAACACAUCCGGUUGAUGAUUAAAAUGAAAAGCUGAA